GCCUUCAACUUUCUUCUUUUUUUUUUUUUUUUUUUUUUUUUUUAACUCUCCUCUUAAAGACUGGAGCUAAGAAAAGGGGAGCAAUAGACAGAUGAAGUGUUCCCGGAUUGCUGCCCCAAGCUCUUUGUAAUAAAGGAAAACUUGGCCAAAGGUCAAUGCUUAGGGUAGUAGAAGAUAUGUAGUGGCUUGGCUUCUUGACUGGAAACUAGGACGGGUAGAGUAGCUGAGAGAAGUGGGCCCCAGAGCAAAACCGGUUGCGGGUAGGGGGAGCCAGCUCCAGCCCGGUAACGAAGCCCAUUUCAGCCUCAUUACUUUCACAUGGCGGAGGCAGCCUUCUUUCCCCAGGAUUGGCUGCAGGUGGAGGCAGGCCCAAGGUUAGGGGAUCAGCUCGCGCACCUAGGGCCCGGAGACAGACGGGCGGAAAGUUGGCAGCCACGGUCCCCCUCCCGUGCUUUUCUCCUCGACUCUCCACCCCUCUCCGGGUGAGACGGCGGAGGUGGGGGGUUGGGGGAACUGGCCUUGUGUUUUGGAACAGCUGCAGCCGGCGCUGGGCCCGCCUGGAAUGCGGGAACAGGCUGCGCACCAGGACUUUUAUGGAAACUUGCUGCUGGAGACGGCGGCGGCGGCGGCAGCGGCAGCCAGAGGACUCCCAGCGGGUGGAGCAGAAGUGUUAGCGGCCAGAGCUCCCAGACCCCUACCCACAGCCAGGCGGGACGCGCACAGUCCCUCCACGCGAAAAGGACCUUCGCCGGUCACCGGCUCCUGGAGGGUGCAGAUAUAUACUGAGCUUCAUAAUCAGCCCAAGACCACAUAGAGCAAACAUGAAUGAUAUUUCCCAAAAGGCUGAGAUUCUGCUUUCUUCAUCUAAACCUGUCCCAAAAACCUAUGUACCAAAACUUGGCAAGGGUGAUGUAAAGGAUAAGUUUGAAGCCAUGCAGAGAGCCAGGGAAGAAAGAAAUCAAAGGAGAUCUAGAGACGAAAAGCAAAGAAGAAAAGAACAAUAUAUUAGAGAGAGAGAAUGGAACAGGAGAAAGCAGGAGAUUAAAGAAAUGCUUGCUUCUGAUGAUGAGGAAGAUGUAUCUUCUAAAGUAGAAAAGGCUUAUGUUCCAAAAUUAACAGGAACUGUUAAGGGUAGAUUUGCUGAAAUGGAGAAACAAAGACAAGAGGAACAAAGGAAGAGAACGGAGGAGGAACGAAAACGCAGAAUUGAGCAGGAUAUGUUAGAAAAGAGGAAAAUACAGCGUGAAUUAGCAAAAAGGGCUGAACAGAUUGAGGACAUAAACAAUACGGGAACUGAAUCAACAUCAGAGGAAGGAGAUGAUUCACUACUUAUAACUGUGGUACCUGUCAAAUCAUAUAAAACAUCUGGAAAAAUGAAAAAGAAUUUUGAGGAUCUAGAAAAAGAAUGUGAAGAGAAAGAAAGGAUCAAGUAUGAGGAAGAUAAAAGAAUAAGAUAUGAAGAACAACGACGAUCUCUCAAGGAAGCAAAGUGUCUUUCAUUAGUUAUGGAUGAUGAAAUAGAAGGUGAAGCAAAAAAAGAAUCAUUUUCUCCUGGAAAAUUGAAACUAACUUUUGAAGAACUGGAGCGACAAAGACAAGAAAACCAAAAGAAGCAAGCUGAAGAGGAAGCAAGAAAACGUUUAGAAGAAGAGAAGCGUGCUUUUGAAGAAGCAAGGCGGCAAAUGGUAAAUGAAGAAGAGGAAAACCAAGACACAGCAAAAAUUUUUAAAGGGUACCGCCCUGGUAAACUCAAACUCAGUUUUGAAGAAAUGGAAAGGCAAAGAAGAGAAGAUGAAAAAAGGAAAGCAGAAGAAGAAGCCAGAAGGAGAAUAGAGGAAGAAAAGAAGGCGUUUGCUGAAGCAAGGAGAAACAUGGUAGUAGAUGAUGACUCCCCAGCGAUGUAUAAGACAAUCUCUCAAGAAUCUCUUACACCGGGAAAACUGGAAAUUAAUUUUGAAGAAUUAUUAAAACAAAAAAUGGAAGAAGAAAAACGACGAACAGAGGAGGAACGGAAGCAUAAGCUAGAAAUGGAGAAACAAGAAUUUGAACAACUGAGACAGGAAAUGGGAGAGGAAGAGGAAGAAAAUGAAACCUUUGGAUUGAGCAGAGAAUAUGAAGAACUGAUCAAAUUAAAAAGGAGUGGCUCUAUUCAAGCUAAAAACCUAAAAAGCAAGUUUGAAAAAAUUGGACAGUUGUCUGAAAAAGAAAUACAGAAAAAAAUAGAAGAAGAGCGAGCAAGAAGGAGAGCAAUUGACCUUGAAAUUAAAGAGCGAGAAGCAGAAAAUUUUCAUGAGGAAGAUGAUGUUGAUGUUAGGCCUGCAAGAAAAAGCGAGGCUCCAUUUACUCACAAAGUGAAUAUGAAAGCUAGAUUUGAACAAAUGGCUAAGGCAAGAGAAGAAGAAGAACAAAGAAGAAUUGAAGAACAAAAGUUACUACGCAUGCAGUUUGAACAAAGGGAAAUUGAUGCAGCACUACAAAAGAAAAGAGAAGAGGAGGAGGAGGAAGAAGGUAGCAUCAUGAAUGGCUCCACUCCUGAAGAUGAAGAGCAAACCAGAUCAGGAGCUCCAUGGUUCAAGAAGCCUCUUAAAAACACGUCAGUUGUAGACAGUGAGCCAGUCAGAUUUACUGUUAAAGUAACAGGAGAACCUAAACCAGAAAUUACAUGGUGGUUUGAAGGAGAAAUACUGCAGGAUGGAGAAGACUAUCAAUAUAUUGAAAGGGGAGAAACUUACUGCCUUUACUUACCAGAAACUUUCCCAGAAGAUGGAGGAGAGUAUAUGUGUAAAGCAGUCAACAGUAAAGGAUCUGCAGCUAGUACCUGUAUUCUUACCAUUGAAAGUAAGAAUUAAUCACUCUUUUUAUCUUUUAUUCUAUUAAUUUUUGUUUCCUUAAAAUCACUUUUCUUCUUCUCUUUUUUAGCUGAUGACUACUAGCUCCCCUCCCCUCUCCCUGGAACUUUCUCUUUCACUCCAGCUUUCUUACUACAUCCAUCUUUUCUGUGGCGGGGCCAAAAAAAGGAAACCAGGAGUGCCACUAUGCUGACUUCUUAUUCCUUUUCGUAACAGUCUUCAAAGCACAGCUCAUCUAAAGAAUGCCUUCUUCUUUUCCAAAUAAGCAUCAGAUUUAUUGCCUAUUAUGCAGUAACAGUCAAUAAAAUGUACUUAUGGGGGGGAAUUAUUCUAUCAAUCAGAACCUAUUAUAAAGACUGUGUAUUUCCCAUAGACGUUUACAAAAACUAUGUUUAUAAAACAAAAACAAAAACACACAAACCUAAGUAGAAUACAUUAUUUUGCAUGAAGGAAUGUCAUUUCUGAGCUUUUUACACCUAAAAUUAGGCUGAAAUAGCUGAGAUAAUUUGGAACCUAUCAAUUUGAGUGGACUUUUUCUUUAGUAGUAUGCCAUUUUGGUUGUAGUUUCAAAGUCUUUCUGAAGCAGAUAUAUUGGGAUUGGAGCGGGGUGGGGAAAAGUGUCACUCCUUUCUGAGGAAAAGGGGAGGAGCAUGGAGAAAAACAAAAAUUAAAGGACUUUAAAGAAAGACUGGCUAUAUAGUGUUGAGUGUUGAGGAUAUUAAACAUGUUAUUUUUCAAACGUAUGUAAUAUAUACUAAAUUUAUAAAGCAAAUUUAUGUUGUGAUCUUGCCUGAACAAAUUAUAUUUUAAUGAAAAAACUUUGUAUUAAUAGUUCACGCAAGAGAAAACUUUCAACAUAGUCGAAGGCUUCAAGAUCUAAGUGUAUCAGACUUAAGGAAAAAGUGGCAAAACCUUCGAUUUAAAAUUCUAGUCUUUAAAAUGAGUUUGUAAAUAAUUAGCUAUUAUGUUCUGUUAAGUUGUUUUAUAUUUUAAUUUUCUGGAAGAUGAUUUUAUUUUACCAUGUGAACCCAAAUAAAGUAACUUCUGUAUUUAAAAGUCUUUCUGUAUUUUAAGACUUGUGCAACCAGAUGUUACCCUUUUAUCAUUACAACUUUUUAAAAUCUUUUCUCACAGUAAACAUUAAAAAAAAAAAACCCAGUCAAGUAGAAAAUUUUACCAUGUAAUAUAUGUAUAAAAACCACAAAGCACUCCCUUAUAAUAUUCAUCAAUGUACAUUUAUUGAGGAAACCAUAAUGAAUACAAAAUUACAGCAAUCAUGUGACCUUUUACAUACAAUGUCAUUAAAGCAAACUCUAAACCACAGUUUGUAAAGUAUUCAAUUUACCUCAAGUCCAAGCUGCAUCUCCCUAAGACACUGUUCCCAUCACAGUAGCCAUUUUAAGCCAAUCUUCUUUUUACACACGGGUAGUUUCUGUAGAGAACAUUUUUCUCAGGACGAAAAUGCAUCGAGCAUGCAUAAGAAAAAAUAUAUAUAUAUGCGCAAAUACAUUUAAGAGUUUCUAUAGGGGUAUCACUGAAGAAAAUAAAACCCUGGGAUUUAUUUGCUUAUUAAAAGCACCAAUUUUAAAAAAUCCCUCAAAAGCUUAUAUCGUGGCAAGAAAAAUGAAGUCACUAACUCAACAAAAAACGUAACUUUUAGAGCCAAAAUUAUCUUUAAUUAGGUAUUGUUAUAAUGCAUUUUAAAGUGAGGCAGAGUUUGCAGAAAAUAAAAACAAGACAUCCUCACUAUUAGUAAACUCUACAUCAUUAUUCUACACAACAGAUAACUUUCUAAGUACAGCUGAUUUUACUGGCAGAGUAUUCAAACAAAUAAAAUGCUAUCACUUCUGAAUGACUCUCCUUUCCCUCUGAAAGUACUCUGCUAUUCCUACCCAAACCCACCCUUAUGAAUUAACUACCAAGAUAAUUUGUUUAAAAGAUAUAUUUUACAAUGUUUAUAAACAACUAGUAUCAAAUUACUAGUUUUAGUAUUAAAACCAUUUUUGAUAUUAAAAAAUAAAACUAUACUUGUCAUUUCUAAAAGAAACAUCAAACCAUAGAAUUCUAAGUAUCACCACACUAAGCUGCCUUAAAAAAAAACUAAAAACAUUGUCAAAUUUGUUUAAGUGCUAAAUAAAAUAAGUCAGUUCAAUUUCAAUCUAAACUAUACAUUGUUUCUAACACUAAUAUCCAAUGCAUUCAAAUCAACUGGCUCACCUUUUCUGCUUUCCAUUUAUUUCAGACUUAAGAUCAGCGUCAUUUAAAAUAAUGCUUAUAGUAUCAGUGAAGGCUUAUGGUAAUGAAUAAAAGAAUUCUCAUGAGACAGAAACAAUGCCCCAAUAUCUAUUAUCAUCAAUCUAUCUUUUUUUUUUUUUUU